AUGUCUCAGUUCUUUGGAUUCUCCUGGACAACUCCCCACAGCUUCAUCAAGAGCUUUCGGGAGGAAAGCCCACGCUCCAAAUACAUCAAUGAUUUGGUGGAGCGCAUCAGUUCCGAGACAGGGAGCGGAACCACAGUUCUCCUGCAGGAGACGCUCAGAAAUUAUAUACAUCUUUGCAACAUGGACCUGGCCCUCACCACCAUCAACGUCAUGCGGUUCCCUUUCAACACAACAUCGCCUCCUGGGAACGACUACAGAAACCUCCUAUAUAGACGCACCAUCACAUUGACUGAGUCGUGGAACAUCGCUGGGUAUCUCACCGAAGUCUUGAGCAACGGGAAGAGACUCCACGAGUUUCUUGAAUUAGCGGAUCAAGUCAACCAACUUGCCUUCAUCUUCGCCUCAGUCAACAACCCGGAAUACUACUGGUUUAAAAUGUUUUAUCUGUACUCUACGGCCAGCACAAGAGAUGUGAUUCUAUUUCUUGUUAAUAUGAUCCGCCGUCGAAUGUUGCAAGCUAUCAUUCGGAACCCGCCUGGUAAGCAACCUACAGAUCUUGAUGGUAACCCUAUUGAACCAAAUUUGUUUGCUAGAGCCCAGCAAGCAUUUUGGCUCCACGAGUUAAAGCUUCGAGCGCGAACUCUCGAAGAGGGAUGGAGUGCCAACCAAAUCCAGAUUCCAGGAGAUGAAAAUCCCGCGGAUAUUGCUGAAACCUUACAGGGCCCCCAUGAUAUCGAUGUAAGGAGAUUCCUAGAGUUGGUAGAAUUGCAGCGGUUCGAGGGAACUUUUUUCGACCACGGGAUUGAGGAUCGAAAGAAACUAAGGGAUUUGAACGAAGGCCUCCUCGGAUUCUCAACGCCUGAUUAUCUUGGGAUUCAGGGAUCAGCCUUAUGCCUUCCUCGUAGUGACGAUAGAUACUCCAUGCAGCUGCUUUUCCAGCUUGCGGCCGUGGAAGAGCAAUCGGAGCUUUUCUGGGAAAGGUACGACUUUCAAUCUCCGUUUUGGUAUGAUGGCUGGUUCGAGAAGUAUCCUGUCUCUGGCUCGAUUGAGCACUUCUCACUUGGCACCGAUUAUUCCCGCCUCGAAAGGGAGCAAGAUCACCGACAGGAGUGA